CCACUUGCAUAGGGAAGUUAGUAACCGUCAUGUGUUAGUCGAGAGAGUUUACUCGGAUUAGUGCACAUCAUACGAGUCGAAAUUACAUAUUACACACAUUUUGUAAGGACUAUACUACUCUCGUAAUCGUGUUGUUUGUGCAGCGCGGUCAUGGAGGCAUAUGCUUUGAACGAGAAUAAAAAUCCGCUGUGCCGUGCUGUUGUUGACCGCAUUGAAAUUUUGGAAAACCUGCGCAACUCUUGCGUUUUUCCAAACAUCAACAAGAGCUUCAGCGAUACUGCGUGCCAACCAUAAUUUUUAAAUGAUAUGAAACAUAUUCCCUGCCACUGCCCAGUACUAAACUCAGAGUAUCAAAAUGGUAAGCAAGCUGCGAUUGGAGUUCAGAAAAUACUACAAAAACAGAAGGAAACUAAGAUGUAUUCUAAAGGAAACGCAGCGGACCCUUGACGCCAUUGCUGCUGAAAAUUUCUUUCCAGAUGAAAACGUGAGCGAAGACUUGCUAACGCCAUUGACAUUGGAAAGGAUUACUCACAUUCUUGAAGACUCGCCAGCGAUAGUCAUAAUGGGUCAAGAUACAAAGGCAAAAGCGCAUCUCGUGAACACAUUACUAUCUUCUGAACUUUUACCAACUUGUAACGGAUCAUGGAGAUGGAUAAGGAUCAGCUACGGAGAGACGAAUCACGUCAGUCUGACACUGAACUUGGAAUACGAGGUUGUGGAAAGGCUCCAGUGCAACGAAAAAACGUGGAGUACUCUUCCUGUCGAAGAUCUAACAAGAACCGAGAACGACGACAUCAAUUGCCCAGCCGUUCUUGAAGUGAAAGUAGACAAGGUCCUGCUGCGAGAUAAUGUACAGAUAUUUGUGACCCCCAAAGACGGGGCCACCGAAGUCUUGUCAAGAGGAAUCCUCAAAGUCUUGCCGAUAUUCUUCUACGCGCUGGGAGACCAUCCUUUGAGCCAAGAAAACUUGGAGGAAUUGAGAGACCUGAAGGAAACUUAUCCCGAUUACCCGGUUCUCUUUAUAUCCUCGGAAAUCAACAUGUUACUCGACAAUGCAGACACGGAAUUAACAGAAUCCGAACAACACCGCCUCCAGGAAACCGUAUACGAAAACGGGUCGACGUCUCUGCAAGACGGAGAGGAGAGAACCACACGAAAAAUGAAUCUCCUCGGUCUGACAUGGCUGAAUCAAAUAGCUAGUCUGGGAUUCUUGAGAAUGGAAGAAUCUGUCGAGGUUGAUCAGCUUUCUUGGCUCGACGGGAGCGACUACAGCAGCUCUAGUCAGUUUAUAAAUUCGCCGCAAAAGAUGGACCAAGUACUUCGGUUUACAGAGGAGUGUUUGCAGAAGUAUUUGGUGAACGCCAGCAACAUGUUGAACGAAGUUCAUACGACCAGUCUACGCAAAUUCAUACUGAGCGCUUUCGACAUGGCGAGAGAAUUACAGAUAACGCCGCGCAGGAUACAAUACGCGCGACAAAAGGAGAACGUGCUGUACAACAGUCUGAUGAAGCUGGUAAGCGAGAAGCAGGAGGAGGUUACUGAACUGAUACAAAACAUUAUUGACGAAAUGAAGACUGAUCUGAUCGAGGGAGAGGGCAAUUACCACAGCGAAAGUAUUAACCUGGAAAACGGCGAAAGGAGAGAAUGGUGCGACACCAUUCGCGCGGCGACGCUCGAAGUCCAAAGACUGCUGCUCAGUUCUCUGAGUGAACGAGUGGCCAAACAGUUAGUGACGUCUGUUGACUGCCUGCGAGAAACGUUCGUUGGAACAUUGCAGAGGUGUUUGCUGAGUCUGGAAAGGAGUUACGAGCACGAGUCGAGUCUGUUGGCGAGCGACGCGCUCAAGCAGAUACUAUCGGCAGCUUACAACGUCGAGCUAACCGACAAUUCCAUGUCAAUGGUUCACUCGUUUCUAGAAAGAUUAAGGCAAUUAGUAAAGUCCCUCCCGCUUCCGUGGUCAUCGACACCAGUACUCGACGUUUCGUGGAGAAGAAGAGUAGCCGUCGACGUUCUGAACUCUCUAAACUCAGCCCGACUCUCUAAAGCCAUAGCGACACAGUUCAGAGAAAAAGUGAAAUCGUCGCACGACUCGUUUCAGUCGGCGCUUCGCUCUCUGGAAAGUCAUUACUCUGGAAAGCUUGAAAGAACGGAAGAGCAGAGGGUUGCAAUAAGGAAAUUCCACGCCCCAAGACUGGCUAGACUUGCCCUGGAAUCUACAUCCAUGAGCGAUAUGGUGAGAUAUGGGGCACCACGCCAGGGCAAAGAGAUUGGCAGGGGUCAGUACGGCGUUGUUUUCUCUUGCGACGAAUGGGGAGGGGCGCCAGGUCCGUGUGCGGUGAAAUCGGUUGUUCCGCCCGACGACAAACACUGGAACGAUUUGGCAAUGGAAUUUUAUUACACAAGAUCGAUACCCGAUCACAAAAGAAUAGUAAAGCUGCGCGGUUCGGUUGUCGACGACUCGUACGGCGGCGGUUGCGGACUGUCGCCAGCUGUAUUACUUGUUACGGACCGUUUGAGCCGAGACCUUUACUGCGGAAUAAGGGCGGGACUGUCAUGGCUUGAAAGAAUUCAAAUUGCAAUAGACGUCGUCGAGGGGAUAAGGUAUCUUCAUUCCCAAGGACUAGUUCACCGCGACAUCAAACUGAAGAAUGUUUUAUUGGAUACUGACAACCGUGCCAAACUAACGGAUCUCGGCUUUUGCAUACCGGAAGCAAUGAUGUCUGGAAGUAUCGUCGGCACUCCGGUACACAUGGCGCCGGAACUACUUUCUGGACAUUACGACAGCAGCGUAGAUGUCUAUGCGUUCGGAGUCUUGUUCUGGUACAUUUGUGCAGGGAACGUACGACUCCCCUAUGCCUUCGAACAAUUCCACAACAAGGAACAACUCUGGACAAGCGUAAGAAGAGGCCUGAGACCGGAAAGACUCCACCAUUUUGACGACGAAUGUUGGGCACUAAUGGAGCAAUGCUGGGCUGGCGAACCACCGCGAAGGCCAUUGUUAGGUGCUGUACUACCCGUCCUUGAGUCGAUACGAGAAAAAGCCGAACAAGGCAAGUCUGAACAGCAAAAAGACUUCUUAAAUGCAAGAGAGGCUUCUUCUUUAACUAAAAGUCCGGCUGUAUCAUUGACUGAGCCGUAUAAUCAAAGAGGAGUGAUGGCUAAUGCACACACCGCGAAAAAAAGGCCUCGUAGAUUUAUUAAACACCCCGCUCUCCACAUGACGAAUUUUUUCUACACUAGCACUUGUCCUAACUUGUACAUUCAGAUGCGAGAAUUUUAAGAAUUGUUACCAUGUCUUGCCCGUUUUUUCGGUUAUAUCAAUCACCGAUAAUACUCAAUUGUUGUUAUCAUUAUUGUUCAUCGUUUUCUACCAUAUAUUAUUGUUGAUUUUUCAAUCCCCUCGGUAUUUUCUGAAUCCUUUUUUUUUAAUACAUGUUAUCAUACAAAUUUUUUAAUCAAUGACGAUUGUCAUUCGCUUUGUGAAAUAAAUCCGCUUUUAAUUAGUAUUAGAAAGAGUAAUUUUUUUUCUCUCUUUUGGAAAUUCAAAUUAACUUAGAGGUAUUAGUUCAAGUUUUUUUUUUUUUUUUUUUUUUUUUUUAUAGAUUAUCGCUUAUUACUUUUAUUAUAAUUAAACAUUUUGACUCUGACGGUAAUAUUAAGCUACGACAUCACAUGUAUAAUGAUUUGUACAUCCGACUUUUGAUAAUUAAACAAUGAAUAAAUAAAAAAAAAAGAAGAUAACACGAUUUUUGACUGAAAUGUAUAUUUUUUUCACGUUUAUUUGGGGGCGAAAGCUGGACGGACCAAUGUUAAUAUUGCGAAUUUCUUCUAUCGCUUUCUACUCUGUAUCAAUUUUCCGCUAUUGUCUUCAGCUUGUGUUUGCUCUGUCUUCAAAUUGUCAUUUCUCUCCAUUCUUUCUUUCGAAGUAAUAUUAUCAUUCAUGCUUCACAAG